AUGUCGUUGGAUUUGCAGGAGGUUCUGGAUUUUGCUAUUGAGCUCUCGAAGCAGGCUGGUGAGGCCAUUCUUAGAGGCUCCGAAAAACGCUUCGAGAAUGCAGCUGGCUUCGAUGAAAAGAAGAAUACGGCAGAUUUGGUCACUGAGACGGACCAAAGCACUGAGAAGCUCGUUUGCAGCGCUAUUCAGGCCAAGUACCCAGAUCACAAAUUCAUCGGCGAAGAGAGCUGGGCGGCUGGGGAGCAACCGGAAGUCACAGAUGCGCCUACGUGGAUCAUCGACCCCAUUGAUGGCACGACCAACUUUGUUAAGGGGUUUCCCUUUGUAUGCAUUUCAAUCGGAUUCGUCUACAGGAGUGAACCGACGAUUGGUGUUAUUUAUGCGCCAUUCCUCGGACACCUGUACGCGGGUCGAAAGGGUCACGGCGCCUUUGUUACGACGCCUCUGAAUCCAGAGCGCCGUGCUCUUCCUCUUGUACAGCCUCAGCCACUGUCGUCGUUUAAACAGGCUCUCAUUGCCUUUGAGUGGGGCUCUGACCGCUCGGUUGAGGUCAUGCAGAAAAAGUCGCGCUCCUACCAACGCCUUGUAGGAGACCGUGAAGGUGGCGUAGAGAACGGACAGAUGGCACUCGGCGUGCGAUCGAUGGGCUCGGCUGCCCUUAAUUUUGCCCAUGUGGCCAUGGGCUGUCUCGAUGCCUACUGGGAAAUUGGAUGCUGGGCAUGGGAUGUGUGUGCCGGUAUUGUGAUCGCUCGCGAAGCGUACGUAUACAUGUCUCACAGCGACAGAGGAUGUGCAGUCGUGGGAUCCAAGGCACACGCCCACAAGGCUGUGACCGAGGGUCUAUUCCCGCCGCCUACAACGCCGGACGUUCUCACGGGUCGCAAGUACUUGGUCGUUCGCGCUAUUGGCGACUCGAGUGCUGAAUCUGGUGAGACAUCACAAAAGCGUCUCAUCCAAACUUACUAUGAGGCUAUCGAGGAAUGGGACCCAUAG